CUCGUUCUCUUUGUCUUCACUCUCUAUUGAUCACCAUUCUCAGUCAUCUACGCUUAUUGAGGUCCUCCUUCGUCAUACCUCGAAGUCCUUACUUCAUAUCUCUCGCACAGACAAAUAGAAAUACAAUGCCUCUGCCCCGCCAAAAAAGAACAGCCCAUGGCCUGAAUGACCGCAAGGGCAGAAAGCCUUGAAAUGCUGCAAAUCCCAGCACGAGACCAAUGGCGAUGGACAAGAUCUUCCCUCAUCACCACAACUACGAGCCCGUCCCCAAGACGGAGGGCCACGGCGAUGGUGUCUCGACCGUGUCGCACGGCUCGCGCCGACGACACUCGAUCCAGCAAUUCCUCAAGCGGAACCUGACGGCCAUCACGAUCUCGGGCCUUCUUCUGGUUCUGGUAUUGCUGGUCCUCGCCGUCAUUGCCGCCAUCACCAUCGAGCCGUUCCGCCAGGUUCUCGUCGUGAAGCUUUCCUCCUCCUCGUCGACCAUCAACGGCGGACGCCAGUGCUUCUCCACGAACCGCCACACCACGCUCUCGUGCGGCAACUCCACCGCCGAAGCCACCGAGCUGGGCUGCUCGUACGACCCGCUGUCCGCGUGCUGGCUGCACAAAGACUGUCCUCACGACUACGCCGAGGACUUUGCGACCUUCAAUGAUGGCAAGCCCUUUCAAUACUACUACGACCAUGAGGCGCAGCACCCGAUGAAGGACUACACCGAGGUGGGCAAUAACCAGCAGGGGUACUACUUUACCGUGACCCGCGAGCACUUGGUGCACUGUCUCUAUCUGCUGCGGCGCGGUCAUGAUGUGUACAAGCGGGGUGAUCGCGUGGAUACCAUGCUGGCGGAUGUCGGCCAUGUCAAUCACUGCGCCAAUUUCCUGGCGGACUACUUGCGGCGGCCGGAUCCGUAUCUGGAUGCGUUGGGGACCCAGGGGCAGACGAAUUGUUUUAUGUCGUGUAGUUAAGUAGCUGAGUUGUGUUUGAAUUCCGUAGCAAGAGUCGGGUGGGGACUCUAUAAAUAUAGUUCUAUU